UUGAACAAGAUUCGCCGCAAUUGCAGUCGACUACGUGUCUAGGAAAUGCCUAGCGGUCCCUGUAUCUCAUGUAGAAAAGGUUCAAUUUAUCGGUACCACGCGUUCCAUUUCAGGAUUCAAAAGACGCUAUACUCGGCUAGAAGCCUCCGCACGGGAAAACCCAAAAGUAUGCCGCACAUUUUUCUCAGGACUGGUAUUGUUGAUCAAGUAAACACUGACUAGAACUGCGUGUGUUUACAUACACGGGCCCACUAUUCAAAGCAAAAAGGUUAUCAAUUCAUCGCAUUGCGUGCGAAAGCCAAUCCUCCAUUGGGCGAUCCUUCGCCAGUAUCACUUACAUCAUUGUCAAGUUCAGUGUUUUCACUCAAUCAUGAAAUCCUUGGUAUAUAAUCUCCUCCUAUUACUCGUCGCACCCAUCGAAAGUUCCGCUCUCCAGGUGAAAUCGGAUGAACAUCGUUACCGCUGCGGUCAACGUCCGAUCAAUGCAGUUGGUGUCAUCACUUCCGGCCAGUCCGCUAGAGCUGGGGAAUUUCCGUGGCACGCUGCCAUCUACCGAACGCAGCAGCUGGGAAGUGCAUACAUCUGCGGCGGAUUUCUCGUUAGCGAUCUAAUGGUUAUAACGGCAUCCCAUUGCGUUACCGCUCCCAACGGGUACCAGGUGGCGUCGAAUGCGAUCUCCGUCCGGCUGGGAAUGUUUAAUCUUCUCACUGUUAAUAAAAACACACAAGACCAUCGUGUGGAAAAAAUCUAUCGGCACGAGAACUACACUGCCAGUUCGUAUCGUCACGACAUUGCGCUUCUUCUGCUGCAAACUGUCGUUGAGUUCAACGAAUACGUUCAACCAAUUUGCUUAUGGAACACGGACGAAUAUGGUGAAGGUAGCAAUCUUCUAGGGUACGUAUCGGGAUGGGGUUUGACGGAGUAUGAUUCACUCGCCAACACACUGAAGUCGGCCACGAUACCAAUGGUAAGCUUUUUGGAAUGCCUUGAAAGCGAUCGUAACUUGUUCGCUGAAGUUCUUUUCGAUGGAAUGUUUUGUGCUGGAUUAAGGAACGGAACCAAUGUGUGUAAUGGUGAUAGUGGAGGUGCGUUUGCUGUGAACCACAAUGGAAGCUGGAUCGCCCGUGGAAUAAUCUCCUUCACUGGAAUAAAAGAUGGCAGUGCGGCGUUGUGUAACCCGAAAAGUUUCGCUGGAUUUGUCAAUAUGCCCCGAUAUGUGGAGUGGGUUGAGAAAGUGGCGAACCUGGAUCGAUUCGUAGCCGUUGAUGAUUCCACAGACAAUAGCGUUGAGCAAGUUCCUCCCUCAUCGGACAGUACCAUAAUACCACCCGUUUUGUAUGGAAGAAUCAGUGCGAAAAAAUGCAUCGAAUACCAGGGCGGCCGUGGACACCCAACCCAGGACCUCUCGUACCUGGCGUAUGUUGCGAGAGAUACUCCAUUCAUGCGUGUGAUUGAUUGUUUCGCUAUAUUGAUAAGUGAGCGCUUUCUAAUUUCAACAGCAGAUUGUCGCUCACCAUCUUCUCCCGGGACCUUUUCUGGGGGGAAGCAAACCAUUGUUAUCGAGACGGAAGGGCGAUCGAAGGAGUACGAAAUAGAAAAUUUUCAUCAGCAUCCUCAAUUUAUUCGCAGUCCGACCGAAAAUAACCUCGCACUAAUUGAGAUGAAACGGAACAUAUCGAUACCAAGCAGCCAGUUUGUGUGCUUGUGGAGUGAAGCGAGUAUUGAUUUGAGAAAAGUAUUCCUCUACUCCGCCAUGAAUGUAACGAAACACUCGAUAGUGGAACCGGUAAAAUGCUUCAAUCAGCUGCUCGCUCCGUCAAUUAUGAUACAAAGUCCGGCGAAUGGAUUCUACCAUCUGGUGGGAGUAGUGGUCGACAGCACAUGCUCCAAGAUCAGAUUUAUCAGAUUGCCAAAAUUUGUUCCCUGGAUUGAAUCCAUUGCGUGGAGGAACGAAAAUCACACGCAAUGAAAAAUUCUAAACAUUUUAGAGAAAAAAAGCUAUAUUAAAUGCACAAUGCUCGUAAUUUACAGCCGAAACUGAUUUUUUAAUCGACAUAUCUUUCGUCUUUCCUUGAUAUAUUUAUUUCUUGAAUUACAUAGUUGAAUCUCUUGUGGCUUCAGGUUGACUUUCUACUAAAGCCAAUGCACAAUGGUCCAGGAGAUGCAUUUAAGUGGAAAUUAGCAUUUAGAGCUUGACAGUUAUUCUCUAGACAAAAACUGUCUUAGAAAAAGUUGUUACUCAUGAUAGAACGCUCGUUUUUAUGUUGUCAGAAAUAGGGUGACCAAAAUUGUCGAAAAAUCUUUCUUUCUGAUCUUCAUAGAUAGAGAGAAUCAUAGUUCGACAAUGUUGUAGCUCCAAUUAUUUGAAACAUCUUUGUAGAACGAAGCUUUUCUCUAUCUCUGGAAAUAACCGAUAUAGCGCCUUUUUUCUAAGUUACGUUAGGGUUACCACGAAAAAAAAACGGUUUUUUUGCUCUAACUUUUAUAUUUUAAAUUUUACAUGAAAACUGUCUUCGAAAGAUUUUUAGAGCAUACUAAUAUAACAAAAUGUCGAUGCAGAACUUGUAAAUAUCUCAACUUUACUCAAAGUUAUUGAUAUUUCUUCCCAAAAAACACGCUCUUUUCAUUUGUUUGUCAUUAUUUCUGGGGCAAACAUAAAAAAAGUUUGUUGACGGAAUUUGAUAGAACAAAUUUUUCACUCUAUGUAAUAUGCGAUUUUCAAAACUAUGUUAUUUUUUGUGUUUGAGUAAAUUAAAAUUGAAAUUAGAGUUUUUGGAUGAAAACCCAUCAAUAAUAACUUUGAGUAGAAUUAAGAUAUUGACAUGAGAUAAACAUAGUUUAACAAUGUUGCAGCCCCAGUUAUUUUAAACAACUGUGUAGAACAAAGCUUUUUUCUAUCUUUAAAAUAAUCGAUUUAGCGCUUUUUUCUAAGCUGCAUUAGGGUGACCAUGAAAAAACGUGUUUUUUCUGCUUUAACUUUUAUAUUUCAAAUUAUACAUCAAAACUGUUUUCGUACGACUUUUAGAGCUAAUUGACAGCAACAUUUUGCGAUGCAGAACUUGUCUAUAUCUUAAUCCUACUCAAAGUAAUUGAUGGUUUUUUACCCAAAAACUCAUGAUUUCAAUUUUGAUUUACUCAAACACGAAAAAUAACAUAGUUUUGAAAAUCACACAUCAUGUAGAGUGAAAUAUGCUCUUUCAAAUGCCGUCAAUAAACUUUGUUUAUGUUUGCACCAGAAAGAACGACAAACAAUUGAAGAGAGCGUAUUUUUUGUGAAGAAAUAUCAAUAACUUUGAGUGAAAUUGAGGUAUCGACAUGUUCCGCAUCGAAAAACGUUUGUCUUAGUAAGCUCUAAAAUCUUCUGAAGACAGUUUGCAUGUAGAAUUUAAAAUAUAAAAGUUAGAGCGAAAAAUAGUUUUAUUCAUGAUAAUCCUAACGUAACAUUGAAAAAAGGGCUAUAUCGAUUAUUUUAAGAUAUAGAGAAAAACUUUGUUCUACAAAGAUGUCUCAAAUAACUGGGACUACAACAUUGUCGAACUAUAUUUGCCUCUAUCCAUAAAGAUAACAAAGUUAUAUUUUUCAUUUCAACGACAAUUUUGGUUUUGGUUUCCGACAACAUAGAAACGAGCGCUCUAUCAUGAGUAACAACUUUGUCUAAGACAACUUUGUCUAAGACAGUAUAGAAGGAGUUGUACACUAUGAUCAGAAAGUACCGGAUUUUUUUUAUUGAAACGUACCGUGCAUGCGGGAACCGGUUUAUUUUUUUUUCUUCUUAUUUUGGAACGACCUUAAGACGCACAUCUGUCAGGUUUUAAUGCCAUCCGAUCAGUAGUCUGCCUGUACGUCGCAAACGACCGGAAAUGUGGGCCGACAAUUUUUCAUGAUAAUAACGAUUCUGUCAGCAGCGAUAACUGUUACAGCACAGAAUUUAUAUCAUUUAAUAUGGAUGCUUUCUACUAAGGAAAACUUUCAAUCUCACGCUGUCCGGUUAUUUUGGUUUUUUGGAAAUUCUGGAAAUAACUCUUUAAUAGGAAGUUCCAUCCAUCGGCCCUUUUCAGGGCAACCAAGAUUUGCAUGGUUUGUAUUGUUGAUCGGAGAUUUAUUCUUGCCCACGUGUUAUAGAUACACUAGCUGACCCGGCAAACUUUGUUCCGCCAUAAACAUUUUUUAAUGAAUAUUUUGGUCAUGAAAUAAAAAAUAAAGAAUGUAUUGCAAAUAAUGUGUUUGAAUGUUUUUAAGAUCUAUACAAUUAAUCGAAUGUAGAUAAAAUGAAACGAAUGAAAUGAUUCAAACAACGGAAGUGUCGUUGAUGAAAUCUUUAGGAAAGCGCUUUGUACAUUCUACAUUGUUGCAAGCCAUGAACCUGAAUUUUACCGAAUUAUUUGACCAAACAACAUGUAAAUACCAUCGAGCAAGCACCGUAUUCACAUCAUAUGGCCCCAUGCGGCUUUGUUUUGUUUUGUUUCCCAAGUCGAAGUUUCCACUUCGUGGAAAAAGAUUUCAGUCGAUCGAAGAGAUCAAAGAGAAUGCGACGAGGGAACUAAAGGGCAUCCCUUCGUCGGCCUACCAGGGAUGCAUGGAGCACUGGGUCAAGCGUUGGCACAUGAGUGUUGUGAAUUUUCCUGGAGUUUAACUCUAUUUUGUUUUAUUUUAAAACUAGCUGACCCGGAAAACUUCGUCCCGCCCACAAUUGCAUUUCCGAUUAAUAUAAUUUCGAACACUCGCGUUCCCGGAAAUUAUUUCUCUGUUCGCGAUCUAUAUUCGCAGUAUAUAAUUUCUUUUUUGGCAUAUACACCUGACACAGAUUGAGACAGAUCAAUCCUAAUACUGACUAUUCAAAUCCGUUGCUCCGUUUUUGAGUUAAAUCGUGAGUAACGGACACCAAAUCAUUUUUAUUUAUAUAGAUAUACAAAACAUGCCAAAAAUGAACUUCCAAUUUUUUCAGCUUUCCGAAUGGUUUUCAUAACUUUUUUAACAUAUACACCUGACGCAGACUGAGACACUUCAAUUCUGAUACUGACUGUUCAAAUUCGUUGCUCCGUUCUUGAGUUAAAUCGUAAGGAACGGACACCAAAUCAUUUUUAUUUAUAGGGUAAAUGAUCUUGGUUAGUCCAAUUUAGGGUGUUUUUACGAAACUAGUAAAUUCAAAUCGAUUUUUCUUCAUGAAAAUAACAUAUAAUCGAUACGAGUUUGGGUUUGUUGAAAAGCCCCAAGUCUCUAGUUGUUAAUAAUACCACAAUACCAUACAAUACCAUAAGGCGUUGAAAUUAUUCAAAUUUUUAUGUAUUUUAACGAUUUUCCUCAAACAAACUUCAGCGCGCCAAGCGGUUGCCAUGGAAAUCAUGUGGACAAAACAAUAUCAAUUAAUUGGACAACUCAUGAUCAGAAUUGAAGUCAUCGAAAUGCGUUAAUUUAAUGGUUUAGCUCUGAAAAUCUGAUUCAAAAUUCAAAACAUUGGACAAACCAUGGUCGUAUUUUCAACUGGACAAACCAAAAUCAUUUACCUUAUAGAUUCCCGGUAUUUUCUGAUCAUAGGGUAUUUCCGCAUGCGUCUUUUUCAGCGGGACACUCGAAAAUACAAACGACGCGAUUUUUUUUUUUGUGCAGUCAAACUCGCCAAAUGUUGAACACUUAAUCUAGGUAUGUUCAUAUAUUCUUGAUUUCUUCGUGAUAACAUAUAAAAUUACUGAAAACUCCCCAGCAUCACUCUAUAGUAACCAUCAAGCGUCAUUUCUUGAUAAAUUUAUUAUAUUAGACCAUUUGUAUUGUUCAUGAGAACAUUCAACCAUUCAUCCAUUCAACCAAUCGUGAGAUCAAGGCGCUUAGAAGUAUAUCCUAAGGUGGGCCAAUAUGCGAAAACCAUUCUGUAGCUAUUUUGAAAGUAUACCGUGUUUUGUUUGUAAACAAAACACAAUACGGUUGUGCGAAACCUCGCUUGUGAUCAGCCUGUCUCUUUCACGCUUCAAGUGAAUAAUUUUCCGUCUGCUUUCUUCCGUACUGUUUUCAUAUCUUCUUGAAUGGCGUUAACGUUCCCUGUGGCACUUUUGCCGUCUCAACAUAUGCAUUAACUAGCGUCAUUUAUUAAUACUUAUUUGAGAUUUCUUAAGCCAAAUAACACGCCUUGAAUGUAUUCCGAGGGGCAAGCUCUAGAAUACGCGUGACCACAGUGCAAGUCGAAGGAAAUUUCUCUGACGAAAAAUCCCCCGGCCAGAACGGGAAUCGAAGCCGAACACCCGGCAUGAUAAUGUGAGACGCUAACUGCUCGGCCACGGGUGCACACUGUUUUCAUAUACCGCUCCCCGAACAACUUAGAGACAAAACGGCCUAAUCUAGUAUCAUAUACCCGCCUUGCGUGAGGCAAAACGGUAAUGUAAAUCUAAGACAAGACGUGACAACUGGCUUCUUACUCUUCUUUCUGCAUUUUCGCCGACCAAGUGCUAGAUAACAGGGGAGCAAAAUGUGAAGGUUGCCAAAUGUUAUAAAAUUUCGGGAGAUUAUUUUCCCAUGAGAGAAAUAUAUGUUCUUUAUAUAAUGUAUUUUCUGAGCAUUACCCUUUUUUGUAUUAAUCAUUCAACUGAAUGUCACCUAUUUUAAACAAUUAACAUUUUCCUGUUAUUUUUGUACUUUGGUAAAAAAAUUAAAUGUGGAGAGAACAAAGAAAAUUAGGAAAAGUAGAUUUGAUAGCAGGAGUAUAUGUUGAAGUACAUGAAUUAAAUUUAUUGUUCAUUUUAUUUAUCAAGAGAUCGUAUACACUUCACAAAUAAAAUGAAAUGAACGACACGUAAUUGAACUUCGUUUUACGAGUUAGCGAAACGUCAAAGAUAAAAAUAGAAACAUAAAAAUAUUUUCAAAUAGAAACGAAAUAAUGAAUGAAAAUUAAAUUCUCCGUAUCGAAUUAGUGUUCAAUGUGAAUGGAAUUUUUUUUAUGUGGUAACAAAUUUCUUACAAAAAUAAUAUCUGAAUUAUAUUGAUUAUUAUAAUGAUAAGUUUUAGUGGGAAUAUCGGAAAGUGUAUAGAAAAUAGGUUAAAUUAGGGUAAGGAAGACGUGCUUCAGGUAAAUAAAUAACGCCAAGUAAAAUUCAUCAACCAAUCAGGAGCCGAGUUGCGAGUGGUCCGAGUUUGACAGAAAAAGUGGUCCGGAAUCGGCCCCCUAUUGUCAUGUCUCGUCUUAAAUGUAAAUAAGCUCAAUGACGAAAGCAGGGAUGCCAGAUAUGAGUAAAAUGAAUAUCAUAUUAUUCUAUUAUUUUUCUUCGAAGUUUUUCCAUUUGCAAGAAUUUCCAAGAAAUAUGUAAGAAGAGAAAAAAUGACUAUAGUCGCAUAUUCAAAAUUAUAAAAGGAUAAAAUUGAGUACGGUCACAUAUAUUAAAUUGUUCACAAAAGUGGACAUUUCAGUUACAUCGAAUUGUUGUCUUCGGUAUAUUUUUUCUUUUGUUGAUUUACACACUAGAAAACACCAACAUAAUUGAAUUUCAACUGUAGUUUUAUUUACAAUUGCAUAAUUUGAACAAAAACGUUAGAUGAUGUUCUUCAAAAAUUUCUGGCUCCCCUUCUAAUGGAAACGACAAUUUGAGGUUAUGGGAGUGUUCGACAAAUGGAAUGUGAGAAGAAUAACAGAAUCUAAAAAUGUAAUAUUUCAGUGUAACAUGACCCAGGAUGAUUGAAGAACUGUUAAAAAAUUAUAUCAGGUGUUGUGAAAAAUUAGUGGCAGUGAAAAAUUUGCAGCUGUUUUUAUUAUAAAACUUAUUUUGAGGAUGCACUUUUUUAUUUCUAUUUAAUGAAAAUUGUAGUGCCAAAUGAUCAUUGAUUACACUAUAUUUUUAAUCGCAUUUUCCAAUGGUAAAGGUUAUGUAAAUGUUUUCAAUUGGGCAACAUAACAUGUAACUUUCAGACGUAGAUGUUUUUGAAGAGAGUGUUUGGAAAACAACAAUUGAAAUUUAUUUGUAGCUAGAAUUUUUUAGACUGUUGAACAUCUGGAAAGUGUUGAACAUCAAAAAUUUUCGUGUCAAACACAAAAUUGAAUUCCAUGCCAAACCGAUAUAGUGAUUGUGAGAUUUCCAUAAAAGUUGGUAGUUUUAUUCCUCAUCAUCAAAUAUUAGACCCGUAUUUUUUAUUUUUUUUCAUCAGGGUGGCGAUUUCUAUUUUAUGGUGGUCCGAAAAAUCAACUUUUCCCCCUUUUUCCAAAAAUGACCUUUUCAAUAAUUCAUAACUUUUGAUCUACUGGACCGAUUGAGAUGAUCAAUAUAUCAACUUAAAGCUAAUGAGCUAGUUUUGUUUGAAAAAUAUUACACUUGAAAAAAAAAAAAGAUUUCGUUUUCGAAAUUAUUGAUUGUAAUUGAUUUUCAUGGCUUACAUGGUUUCGGAACUAAGGUCACUAUAUUUUUUAUAUUUUUUAUUGAAAGCUGAGGUUUUUUUACAUAACAUAUCCGAAUAUCAGAGAGAGUAUUUUUUUCAUUUUCGAGUGAUUUUGCAAAGUUAACAUGUUUUCAGUUUUCGUUCAAUAUGUCUAUGCACAGGACAACAUCUAUGCGUGUUUUAAGCGGCUUCAAAUUGGUAUAUCGACCAUUUGAAUCGCCCCGGUAGUUUAAAAGUUAUGAAUUUAAAAAAGUCAUUUUUCGGAAAAAUGGGAAAAAAAUAAUUUUUUGGGCAACCCUACAAUGGAAAAUGAUCACCCUAAUGAUGAAAAAUACGGGUCUAAUGUUUUCGUGUUUCGUGUCGUAUUUUACUCUAACUUACGAUAGUUAUUCAACAAAAAGUUCAAAAACUACCUUUUUUGACCCAUUUUCACCCCCAUCGACGGCAUUUGACGAAGUUAUUGGCCAUUGAGUUUUUCUUUACGAUUUUCUUAAGAUUUUAUCUCGUUACAUAAGUAUUGCGUAAGCCAAUUACUAGGUUCAUGCUUUGUCUUGUGAGUAGGUAAGCUUAUUUAAGGAAGCAAUAAUU